UUUUUUCCUCUCUGUUGGCUCGGUGGGAAAAUAAACGACGACUCCGCGCGCUGAAUUUGACCAAAAUCAAGAAAUCGACGCGUCGCGACGCAUCGCCAAAUUUUUACGCGGAUCAAUCGCGGGAUCUCUAUAGUUCAAAUGUUUUUGUAAUUAUAGAGAUUUUGCCAAGCGUCAGCGUUUUCUCUAGGUAUUUUUAUUUUAAUUAAAAAAAAAAACUUUAACCAGUCAAUUUUUAAAAAUUUGGUUAGAAAUAUGAGUUUUUUGUAAGGUGUUUAGUUAUUUUAUUAAAAUUUGGUUAAAGAUCAAAAUGAGCCGAAGUCACAGAAGAAAUAAGAGAAGUCAUUCCUCAAAAACGUCCAAAUCUGACAGUACAAUCAAUAGUUUCCUGGAUGAUAUAUCAGAAGAAAGCUUUGAGGGACCAAAAUAUGAAGUCAAAACUUCGAAAGUUAUGGGCAGGUUUAUUGUGUCCAAGAAAGACAUUAGGCCUGGUGAAGUAAUAAUUUCCGAGGGGCCACUGGUAGUAGGGCCCUGCACCGACUGUAAAGUACAAUGUCUUGGCUGCUACAAAAAUCUGGAAAAUGAAAAAAAAUUCACCAGAUGUCACAACUGUGGUUGGCCCAUAUGCUCAAGAAAAUGUUCGGGACUCAGAACAGCUCAUGGUCAUUCGGAAAUCGAGUGUACCAUACUAGAAGAAUGUAAGUCGGCGUCUUUAAUGAAUUUUACUUCUUUGGAAGAUUUGAGGUUGCAUUAUCAGGCAAUAGUUCCCUUAAGAUGUCUUAUCCUUAAAACCACUGAUCCAAGCAGCUAUUCAAUCCUAAUGGACAUGGAAAGCCACAAUGAAAUACGUAAAAAUAUUCCUGAUUUGUGGGAACUGAAUCAGACAAGAGUUGUGGAUAGAAUAAUUAAAGAUUGGAGGCUUACGGAGUUUACUGAGGAAGAAAUUCAUACUAUAUGCGGAAUUCUAGAGGUAAACGCUUUUGAGAUUGGGCAACAAGGUGUUAAUAUACGUGGGUUAUAUGCAACAGCCUUUUUGCUAUCACACGACUGUGUCCCUAAUACCAAUCAUACCGAUGAAGAAAAUACUUACCAUUUGACUAUAAGAGCUUCGACAAGGAUACCCAAAGGAUAUCCCGUGACCUUAAGUUAUGCUUAUACUUUACAGUGUACACAAAAGAGACGAGAACACUUACUAGAGAAUAAAUUUUUCGAAUGCAGAUGCAAAAGGUGUGCAGAUCCAACUGAGUUGGGUACCUACACUGGAGCUCUCAUUUGUCCAAAAUGUGAUAAUGGUCUAGUACUAUGUGAUAACCCAUUAAACUUCGAUUCCACUUGGAGCUGUAUAUAUUCUGGAAAGCAAUGUCCAGGUUAUGUUAUUUCUGCAAACUCUAUGAAGUUAUUGUUAAACAGAAUUUCACAAGAAGCAGACCAAAUCGAUAGCAACGAUAUUAAGGCCAUGGAACACUUCUUGCAAAAAUACCGAAACGUUUUACAUCCCACACACUACUUAUGCUUAGCCAUAAAAAUAUCCUUAAGUCAAGUUUAUGGAAGAAUAUCUGGAUACAUUAUCCAAGAACUAAAUGAGAAACCUUUGCUAAGAAAAAAGGAGCUAUGCGAAGAAAUUUUAAGUGUGUUUGACGUAAUUGAACCCGGAUUUACCAGGAUUAGAGGCGUAACUCUUUAUGAAAUCCAUGCUCCUAUGAUGAUUCUUCUCACACGUCAAAUAGAGUCUCAGCCUAUGUCCAAAAAAGACAUAAAAGCCGCCCUAAAGGACAUUUUAAAGUACCUGACUGAAGCAAAAAUUAUUUUGAGUUACGAGCCAAUACACUCGUCCGAAGGAAUUAUGGGAUCGGCAGCGAAUGAUGCUUUAAAGCAAAUUAAAGAUUGGGAAAAGAUUGUUGGCAAAAUUAGGUGAACCUUAUGUGUUUAUAUUGAAUAUUUAAAUCGUGUUUUUUUUUCAAAGAACUGUGCCAGUUAUAAAUAAUUACUACUGUAACUAAGUAUGGAUUCAUUAUUUUUAAUAAAAAAAUUCAACAAAG